AUGUCUGACGGCGAAGACGAGAUCGCAGUAUACGACGAGGUCGAGAUCGAGGAUAUGACCUUCGAUGAGGCUCUGCAGAUCUACCAUUAUCCUUGUCCCUGCGGCGAUAAGUUCGAGAUCGCUCUGGCAGAUCUUCAGGAUGAGUCGACGGACAUCGCUGUCUGUCCCAGUUGCAGUCUAAUGAUCAGAGUGAUAUACGAUAUGGACGAUCUGCCCAAGCCCGAGCCAGAUCCCCCCGCGACCGAGCAGCGUGCCGACCAAGUCCCUGUCGCCGCUUGA